CAACAAAUGCGGGUUUUUCACGUCUCCAUUUUCUCUCAGGCACGUCUUUCUCCCUCUCUCUACUUGUUUGGUUCCUGCGUGCUGAGAAAACGGUUUGAUACGCGAGUGAAUGAUGGGUAAGAAACGGAAAUUUGAAAUUUCCAAUCGCAAAGUAGUUUAAUUGGAGAUCAGAGCUGAUUAUCCGUUUGAUGAGGAAAUUUUCUGUGCCAGAAUCUUUCUUUGCAAUAUUGCUCGAGUCCAUAUGAGGACAGUUUCAAUGUGCUUCUCAGUUUUACAAGCCCCAAGAUGCAAAAUUCAUACAUUAGCUAAUUCUUGGUGUGAAAGUUUAAGUAAGACUUUUGGGAAAAGUUCUGGAUGUAAGCUAUUUGCUUCCAAAACCUAUGGGGUUGAAGGAGGUGGCAGCAAGCGAUGGAGUAGAGGACAGCUAACUUCAAAAACAGAUGGAACAAACAAAACCACUCGAAGCAGUAAAUCUGUUUAUAUUAGGCAGGAAAUCUUGGAGGGAACAUUGUCUCCUAGUGCUAGUUUAGGUGUUCAUAAAUCUGAAACAAGUGAACCCCGAAAGGUUCCCUUGCCUGAUAUUCGACAGCAGAUUGCCGAGAACAAAUUUAUGCUUGACCUUGUGACAGUUAUUGUUUUUGAUAUUGAGACUACUGGUUUCUUGAGAGAUAAGGACAGAAUUAUUGAGAUUGGGUUUCAAGAUCUUCGGGGAGGUGCAAACAGCACUUUUCAAACUCUAGUGAACCCCGGUCCUUGGUGCGAUGUUCCAAAUUUUGAGGUCCAUGGCAUUACGACCUCUAUGGUCCGUAGACCUGACGUUCCCAGGAUGGAGGACUUGAUUCCAGUCCUACUCCAGUAUGUUAGGAGCCGCCAUAAACCUGAGGGCUAUGUAUUGUUUGUUGCACACAAUGCCCGUACUUUUGAUGUCCCAUUUAUCAUGAGUGAAUUCGAUCGGUGCUCUGUUGAUAUUCCUUCAAAUUGGCUCUUCUUGGACUCACUUCCCCUGGCUCGGGAGUUAAUGAAGUCUCAAGGAUUGAAGCUUUCUUCAAAAAUGUCAUCACUUUGUGAGUACUAUGAUAUCACAUUGACUGGUGCUCACAGGGCAAUGGUGGAUGUCAAUGCUUUGUCUCUGAUCUUUCAGAGGCUGACUUUUGAUCUGAAACUGUCUCUGGGGAGCCUGGUUUUGAGAUCAUUCCUAGCUUCAGAAGUUAAUUUUAGAAAGAAGGGUACCAAAUAGUUGCAAAGUAAUGUUGUAUUCUUGUACUAACUCAUGAUUGUUGUAAUUCUUGAUUCAUCUAUAUUAUUAAAAAAAAAAAAAGAAUUGAUGAACCUUA